AUGAGGCGUUUCCUGAGCAGAAAGGGCCGCUUCUCCCUGCGCCAGAGCAAGUCCGGGACCCGGAGUGCCUCCAAAGAUUUCUGUAAGUCUUAUUUCUCUGAAUCAUCAUUUUUACAUGAUUUUUAUCUUUCCAUCCAUCCUCCAGACCUCGGUCUCCCAGCCACCAAUCAGAACUGGCCAGAGGCGUUUGGUUUCCGGCUGGGUGGCACUGGGCCCAGCUACAUCUUAUCCGUGGUGGAGGGCAGUAGCGCCUACCUGGCUGGCCUGCAGCCCGGGGACCAGGUGGUGGACAUCGAGGGCCAGGAUGUGACCAACCUCAGCACACCGGCGCUAAUCGCCCUGGCUCAAACCCUCAAGACUGUCCCACCUAGCAUCGGAGUGGUGUCACGGAUUGAACAGAUUGACAUCACCCCUGGCCCUGAUGGCCGUUUCGGAUUCACCAUCGUUGGAGACAGCCCUCUGAUGGUGGAGGACUGCAUGCCCAACGGUCCCGCCGGUCGCAGUGGCCUGAAGGCUGGGGACUACGUCAUGGAGGUCAACGGCAUCCCAGUGAAGCAUCACGAAACAGCAGCGGCCAUGAUCAAAGCAGCUCAGGGCCGACCUCUGCGUCUGGGCGUGCUCAGUAUGGCCCGGCGACCCAAGCGGCUGAGCAGCAGCAUGAGGGUGCUGUCACAGAGCGGGGACAGUGUCAGGGAGAGUCGCGCCCACAAGGCCAUGGAGUUCAAUAAGAAGGUGGAGGAAGUGCUAGGAGAGGAGCCAGAUGUGAAGGAACAGCUGUUUGAGGUCCUGAAGCAGUACGCCGCUGAGAGGGAUGUGGAGAGUCUGGCCGAGGCCCUGCCUGAUAUCCUGAUCACGGAGGAGCAUCAGCAGCUGAUUGACAGCGUCAGGAUCUUCAUUCCCAAGAAGCACCGGGAGCGUUUUGACGAGGUGGUUUCCCAGAGCCUGAUGAGCCGGCUCAAGGGGCGGAGCUUCAGUGACCCUAGCCGUAACCGCCUUCGCCGCAGCCGGAGUGAGGAUCACCCUGAACGCCUUCUGGUCUCCACCCGCGCCAGCUCAGUGCCACGCACCCACGCAGAGGAAGGCGUGGUCCCCCCCGCCCGCGGCAUGCGAAAGACCACCUCACUCAUAGCCGGCCACUCCAGUGGCACCACCACCAACUGCAGGACAGUGAGAGUGUGCAAGGGCAACAUGAGUUUUGGCUUCACUCUUAGAGGCCAUGCUCCAGUGUGGAUCGAUUCUGUCAUCCCUGGCAGCCCAGCAGACAAGGCAGGUCUAAAACCAGGAGACCGUAUCCUGUUUCUCAACGGACUGGACAUGAGGACCUCCUCCCACGAGAAGGUGGUGUCCAUGCUGCAGGGGAGUGGUGCCAUGCCCACUCUGGUAGUGGAGGAUGGUCCACCUACUUUCACCCUGGCAGAACAGGACCUCGCAGGGGGUGGUGUUCCCACAGAACGCGCCCGUUCCCCUGCGCUCAGCUCCCUGCAGUGGGUGGCAGAGAUUCUGCCUCCCAGUAUCAGGGUUCAGGGCCGCACCUUCGGACAGCAGCUGGAGCACCUGCUGACCAUCCAGGAGAGGUAUACCAUCUGCAAGGCGUUGGAGAACUUCUUCCAGCACAGGAAUGUUGACACUCUGAUCGUGGAUGUGUUCCCGGUGCUGGAUACUCCAGCCAAACAGGUGAUCUGGCAGUUUGUUUACCAGUUGCUGACAUACGAGGAGCAGGAGCACUGCCAGAGCAAGAUCUCCCGCUUCCUUGGAUACAAACCACCAGUUCCACCACCACCACCACCACCUCCCCCACCUCCGGAGCCUGAGGUUGCCCCUGAACCCCAUCGCCGUAGCAGCUCCAUGAGGGUAACAGGGACCACGUACAGGAGCAGUGUGAGGGGACGUAGCUCUGAUGACCUGGUCAUUGGCACACACUUGGGCAUGGGCUUCCGUGCAGAGCCAGUGCUGGAGACAGGGAUGAGGUUGGCUCCAGGAGAGAGACAGUCAGGAGAUGGUACCUCCCUACCUGAGACUCCUAACAAUCUCACCAAUCUGUCAGCAGUGUACGCUGAACUGGAGAACAUGUAUUCAGCCAAGAGGUCCAAGUCUCUGAAGAGCCGCCCUCCUCCUGCCCCUGAGAGUUUGCUGGAUCUGGAACCUCCUUCACGCUCAGCCUCCCCUACAAUACAUGCUAACACAGGUAGCCGUAAAGGCCCCGCACCCCCUACAUCCUGGCCGGAACCUCUCCCCAGCCCCCCUGCUUCCCAGUUCUACCCAUCAGGCUUGACAAGCCAGACCAGUGGAGAGUCUAAUCCCUACAUCAGCUUGGACAGUCCCCCACCCUCACCUCCAGAGCCCGUUGAUUUCCCAUCUAGUCCCCCAGCCCAUCGCAGCAGCAAGCGACGCUACACCUUCUCCAAACCACCCCGUUCAGAAGACACAGAUCGCUUUCUGGACGCACUGAGUGAGCAGCUGGGACAGAGGGUGGCCAUCAUUGACGACUUUCUGACUCCUGAGAAUGACUAUGAGGAGGAUGUUGUGCAGAUGGGCUUCCCAGAUGAGGAAGAUGAGGAUAAUGAAGAAGAGUUAGUGGUGGACGAAGAAGAAAAUGGAGGAUUUGUGGCCCCAGAGCUGAGCAGCCCGAGUGACGUUCAAAGCAGCAGCGGAGAAGAGAAUGCCUCCUCACUCACUUACUCCUCAUCCUCUGACCACAUCCCCCCUCCCCCGAUGACUCCUCCUCCACCCCCGCCUGUUCAGUUCAAUGACCCGCCUCCCCCACCUCCAGCACCUGCGCAGGCUCAGCCUCCUCAGCAACAGCAGCAACAGCAGCAACAGCUUAACUACACCCCAGAACAUUCCCCAAGAGCAUAUGUGCCCAUUCGCCGGAAAUCUGGACCCCCUCCACCACCUCCACCCCGCAGUAACCCACCACCUAAACGCCACUCUCUCCACAAAGUGCUUCCAACAAAAGAGGACUUACAGCAACAGAUGCAACAGAUUUACCAGAGUCACCACUCGAUGCCUGCCCAGCCAACACAGCCGAAAUCCCACUCACCACUUCCCCUCCAACAACUGCACCAGUCCUUACCCCCACUCCCCUCUCCAGACUCUACCCAUCAACACGCCAACCAUCCCCUCUAUAUGAUCCGCCAAGCACAGCAGCAACAGGCCCACCAGAGCCAUCACCACCGACGGCAGUCUCGUUCAGCCCCUCCUCCACACCAGCCGUCACCCCAACCGACAGCCCACCCUAGUCAACAAGGUCAGUACGCUGAGGGCAUCUACCAAAGUCAUCAGGGCCUGAGAUCCCACCCUCACCAUUCUUCAGCGGAGAUGCUCCACCAGAUGCACCAAGCCCCAGCCCAUCACUCCUCUGCCGAGAUGCUCCACCAGUUGCAACAAUCCCAGGCCCACCACUCAUCUGCUGAGAUGCUCCAGCAAAUGCAGCAAGCCCAUGCCCACUACUCCUCUUCAGAAAUGCUCCACCAGAUCCACAAAUCCAAGGCCCAUCAUUCUUCAACAGAGCUUCUGCACCAAGCUCAGCAAAUGCAGCAGAUGCAGCCUCACCACUCCUCAACAGAACUUCUCCAUCAAGCUCAUCAGAUGCAUCGGGGUCAACCGCACCAUUCGUCCACUGAGCUGCUCCAGCAAAUGCACAAACCCCAGGCCCACCACUCCUCCACAGAGCUGCUCCAUCAAGUCCAUCAGAUGCACCAACCCAAGCCCCAUCACUCCUCCACGGAGCUUCUGCAUCAAACCCAGCAGGAGCCUGCCUCCCUCCCAGUUCAGCUAAAACGGGACAGCCACUCACACCAGAGCCGCAGAAGUCUCAAAGGUCAUCAUCAAAGCCAAGUGUCACCUCAAGGGAGACACCAAGAGCAGCAGAUCCACCAAACCCAUCACCCCCAGCCCACCAAACCCUCCCCCCAGAGACCCCACUCUAUCCAGCAGACCCACCACCACUCCAGCACCCCUCAGAUCCACCACAUCCACCACAUGACCCCACAGCCCCCUCCGCAGGAUUACCAACACCAGAUUCAUGUCAUCCACCCUCCCCAGCAGCCCCACAGGCCCCAGCCUCUUCUCUCUACCUUUCAGCCUCUUCAGCCGCAUCAGCCCACCCUCUCCACUUUUCAGCCCCUUCCCCAACACCACCAAUCACCGCACCAAGUCCAGCCCUCCACCCAAGCUGCCCGUCCACAGUCGCAGCCCUCACAUCACCUACUGCAGUCCCAACACCAGCCACAAUCCCAGUCAUCCCACCAUAAACAAUGCCACAGCCCGAGUCAGCCUCAGUCCCUCCCCCACUCUCUGUCUGACCCCACAGAGCACCUGGAGCCCCCUCCUCCUCCACCCCUGCCCCCACCCUGUUCCCCUCCACCAUUGCCAAGGCCCAGUCUGUCCAGGAUGGACUCCAACCACAUGAGUGUGAAGAGGCUGCGCUGGGAGCAGGUGGAAAAUUCAGAGGGGACCAUCUGGGGACAGCUGGGAGCAAAUUCUGACUAUGAUAAACUGCAUGACAUGGUGAAGUAUCUGGAUCUGGAGCUCCACUUUGGGACGCAGAAGAGCUCGAUGCCUGCUCCAGAGCCAUCCCUCCAGUCAGAAACCUUCAAGAAGAAAGAUGUGAUAGAAAUUCUGUCCCAUAAAAAGGCUUACAAUGCCUCCAUCCUGAUAGCCCACCUGAAGCUGUCUCCUGGGGAGCUGCGUCAGGUGCUGAUGAACAUGGCCACUGAUAGGCUGGAGCCAUCACACAUCAAACAGCUGCUGCUGUAUGCCCCUGAUGCAGAGGAGGUCAAAAAAUACGAAGAGUACAGGCAGGACCCCAGCAAACUGAGCGAACCAGACCAGUUUGUGUUGCAGAUGUUAUCAGUGCCAGAGUACAAGACUCGCCUCCAGAGCCUCCUCUUCAAGUGCUCUCUACAGGAGAAGACAGAGGAGUUGCGGGGAGCAUACGACUGUAUCUACAAGGCCUCCAUGGAGCUGAAGACCAGCAAGAAGCUAGCCAAGAUACUAGAGUUUGUGCUGGCGAUGGGAAACUACUUGAAUAACAGCCAGCCUAAAACCAACAAGACGACAGGCUUCAAGAUCAACUUCCUAACAGAGUUGAGCACAACUAAAACAGUGGACGGGAAGUCGACAUUUCUGCACAUCCUGGUCAAGUCCUUAUGUCAACACUUUCCUGAUGUGUUGGAUUUUUCCAAAGAUCUAACCAUGGUUCCUCUUGCAGCCAAAGUAAACCAGAGGACUAUCACGUCAGAUCUGAACGACCUUCAUACAACCAUCCAGGACAUUCGCUCAGCCUGUCAGAAGAUGCCUGCGACUGCUGAGGACCGUUUUGCUGUUGUCAUGAGUAACUUUUUGGAAAACAGCCACCCAGCACUCCAGUCUCUGGAGUCCCUGCAACAGAGAGCGAUGGAAGAAUUCAGCAAAACUGCCUCUUACUUUGGAGAAGACAGCAAAGCCACCAACACAGAGGCCUUCUUUGGUAUCUUUGCUGAGUUCAUGAGCAAGUUUGAGAGAGCUCUCGGUGAUCAUCAGGCUGCAGAAAACCUGAAGAGCCCCAGGAGUCCACGAAUGGCCUCCCCACUGGCCUGGUAACACACACACAUAUAUAUGGACAUGACUACAGUUAACACAGUAUACAUAUACACGUACACACAAGUGUUCACAUACAUAGUGUAUACAUAUUCUGUACAUACAUGGGACAAAUGCAAACACACACACCUUUCAGUGCACAUUUCUGAGCAAAAAAGCUAUUUUUAAGUGUUGUGUAUGUGUGUGUGUUUUUGGUUACAUCAAGGGAGACAGAAUGUCUUUUGCAUCAAAGAUGGAUCAUUUUGCAUUCUACCAGUGGUGUAGUGUAUGGGUCCUUUUGAAAAUAAAUCUAAGUUUUGUCGAAGCUUUAAUGGCUAAGACUUCUACAUAGAGCACAAUCUUGUUUGGCCGUCAAGGUAUCUCUACUGUUUAAAAGAUAGUUACUCAGUAACAUCCUAUAGUUUAAGUUUUCUUUCUUUAAGUUUAGGUCACCUCUGUAAGUGUGGUAUAACAAUUCUACAGUAAAAUCUUUGUGAUAAUGUCCUUGAAUAAGACGUAGAUUUACAAAAACAUUUUAUCCUGAAAUAGAUGUUAAUUUAAAAUAUACCCACGUGCAGUCGGUGGUUUGGAGGAAACCACAAAAGCAGUUUUUCCUGUUAGUUUACAUGUUCUGUAUUUUUGUAAGCGGCCCACCACUCUGAAUGUAAUAUAAGUUCUUUACUGACUUAAGUGUAGCUUAUUUUCUCAAGUAAAACUCACACACAUCAGCUUUCCUGAUGAUGGAUUGUUUCAUUUAUCGCAUCGUGCGUAUACCUCCAUUUCAGUGGAUUUUCUUACCACAUCAGUUGUAGCUUUAAGAACUUUUUUUUUUCCUAAAUGGUGUUGAUCUUGUAUGAUACCUCAAAUGCUACCAACUUGUACAUAUGAGACAAUAACAGUGAGAAGUUGGCACUUAACUUGAGUUUUUAAAAGACAAUUUUAACUGGAUCAUUUUUAAUCUGGCUCAAAUCAGUAAUAACAGAUUAUUGAAGUGGGAUUAUGUUGAUCUGACAGCGGGCAGUGUGCAAUAUAUGAAUGUUUAGCUGUGUUCCAGUGUUAGAUAUUAUAUUCAUUAAACUGUAACAGAGAUAUCUUGUGUUUUUACCGUACCGGAUGAGACUGAAUGUUAGUUAUUACACUGAGAGGACAGCAAUGUCAUUAAUGUCAGUGUAUGAGAUGCAGCAUUUGACAAAACCUUCAACUAAUAAUACAUCAUACCAGCUUCUGAGCUAUACCAGUGCUUUGUAAAACUUAAAGCUUAGUCCCCCUGUGAUAUUUUUAAAUGUUAAGGUUAAGGUUUAAGCUGUGCAGCUAGGAUAAGUUGUCUUUUUUUUUUUCUGCUUAACUUACAGAACCUUGAAAGCGUUGCUGUCCAUUUAAGGCUUAUAAAGUGUUAAGUCUGUAUUUUGUAUUGUGUCCUAACAAUGCUGAC